UUGCCAAGUCCAUUUAUGUUGCGACCCUGACCUAAACAUAACAACGAACCAAGGCAGAAACUUGAAGACUGUCAAUCAUUUGGCUCCACAAAGUCAAACUACCUUCACUUUCUCAUUUUUUAGGCUUUCUUAAGCCUUUUGAGACUUCACGCUGUGGCUGGAAAACUGAGAAGUCUCAUCAUCAGUUCUAUUGCAACUCAAACCCUGCUUGGCUUCUAACCUCUUCGCAACCUGCUGUCUCAUUGCUAGAUCUGGUGUCAUUGAUAACAGAGUCCACGGAAGAAAAGAAGAAUGGGAUGGAAUCACCCAGACAUAUCGUUGGAAGAAAUGAUAAAACUGAUAAAAGGGUUUGUUGAUAUCCUGAUUUUAGCAUCUGGGUACCAAUCGUCUGGUCUUCUUGCCCACUGGGACUCCUAUAACAUCAAGCGAGCCUUCCAAUGGGCCCACUUCUUUGAAAAUGCUUUUCGGCGUUUAAGAUGCUUUGAUGUAUAUCAAGAGUCUAUAGUGGAACUUGAUGCAGCUCUUAUUGAAAUGACCUCUCAUCCAGCGUUUCCUCAGGGUCUUGUACAUUUGUCGUCUGCUACUCUUAGAAGGGCAAGAAGUUUUUUGUUGGAACACUUGCUCCAUAAUUUACCAUUGAGGGAUUCACAUCUACAAGCUGUUCUUACAGCAAUCAUUGAGAUAGAUCUUAGUGACCUUUCAAUGACAGAACAUGACUGUCUCAAUGCAUAUUUGAAUGAUUUGACAUUGCAAAACAGGAUUUGUAUGAUGGAUACCAGUACAUUUUCAGAUGUAACUCCGUCUAUGGAAACAGAAAAUUUUACUGAACUUACUGUUCACGAACUCUUCAGGAGACAAUCUUCUGUGUCAUGCAUAUCGAUUAUUGAGGAAGGAGUCGAUGUUCUUGCUAAUGUUGUAAAAAAUAGCAGCUGGAAAGACUCUGACUGCAGCCUAUUUAGGGAGCAAAUGAGUCAUGAAACUGUUCCAGCUUUGUUGCCAAUUGCAGAAGAAUUAGUUGAUUUUGUCACUUGGAACCAAUGGAAAUCAAGGGCUUUGUCAUACUUUCUUGAUAAGCGAACUAUUAGGUUGGUGUCUGGUGCAAGUUUAAUAUUUUCAGGUGCCAACAAACAAUGGCGAAAAGUAUUUGGGCAGCUGAACAUUUCCGAAAAAAGUAGUGAAGAUGAUUUGCAUGAGACAAUUGAGCUCUUGUUAUUAGGAAGUAUUGCAAGCAGAUGGAAUUGCAUAAUUGAACACUUGAUGUCAGUAUCUUAUGAUUCUGUUCCCAUCUCAAAGCAAUAUCAUGUACUUGCUAGCUCGGUCUUCGAAAUAUCUCAAACAGAGGAAAUAAAAAAAUCGAAGGAAGGUGAUAUUCUCGAUUAUCUGAUGGAACUGUUGGGUGGUCAAAUUCAUCUAUUGUGGAAAUCAUCUCCAGCUCUGGCAGCAGUUUCACUUCCAUUCUGGCCAACCCUAUAUAGAUUUUACUUGAGUGAUAUUGAGAUUCAAUUUCAAGGAAAACCUUCGAUGAUAAGAUGCUGCAAUUGUAUUCAAGAUAGCAAUGAGCAUAAGGACUGUGAACUUGCUGAGAGAAUCUGGUGUCUCUACAUCUUUCAUGUUUGUGGCUCUCAAAUAAUACGUGGCGGCGCUGUGGUGUUUGAUUGCUGAAAUUUAUCGUGUUGAUCUUCAAUAAGAUCAUGAAGAGGAUUCAGUUCUUGAAGUGGGAAAAGAAAGUAGCAAGUGAUGAGUAUGCCGUCAAGCUUAUCGGUGUAGAAAGACGGCCGACUUUGUGUUGCUGCUCAAAGUUACAUGUGUUG